UAUAAAAUAUCGGUUUUAAAUAAAACAACCAAUUAACGAUGAUUACAGUCAUUGAUUUCAACGGAUACUUUACCCAAAAAAGUCAUUUUAUCAUCAAAGAAUAUUCAUUAUAUACAAUAAAUAAUCGUGGUAAAAUAAGGUACCAUAGUUUCGAAGUAGAUAUAUCUUUACAAGAAAAAUUAGGUGCAAAAACAAAAGAAAAUUAUAAUAAUUAUUACAAAAAAUACGGAAUAAAAUGGACGACUGGUACAUUGGGAAGGAGAAAAAUGAAAUUCAAGCUUAACAAAUAUUUCACCAAGUCUACGAAAAUUUUUGUAGCCAACAAUGACAGAAAAAGUGAACUAAUAAAUUAUUUGAAUCACGAUCCUGAUAAAAAUAAAAAUAUACUCAAGAUUGUAUCUUUGGGCAAGUUAGGUUAUGAAAUGAAUUUCAAAAACUCAACAAGUUGCCAUUACCACCAAUCACCAUCGAGCGAUAAUUGCGCCAAUGACAAUGUUUUGGAUAUGAUUAAAUUUGUGAGGGAUAAAAAAUUGUACAAUACUACUAUGCGUGCGAACACAUAUUCUAUAAUUGAUUUCAAUUGUUAUAAAUAUUCGAACCAUUUACGAAUUAAAGAAGUUUCGAUUAAUCGAAUCAGUAUUGAUGGGGUCGCAACAUCACGUGAUUUGUUGGUAGAGAAAGCAAUUAAAAAGUUAGAUUUGGAACCUUUUACUUACAGAGCAUAUUACCGAAAAUAUGGGAUUAAAUGGAAUAAUGGUAAUCAAGUACCACGAUUGAUAAGAGAAAAUUUAUAUUAUACUUUAAAGCGUUCAAUUCGAACGUAUGUUAAAGAUAACACUCAAAAAAAUAUAUUAUUGAGUCUGUGUAAUGAAGAUUUUGGAAAUAAAAUAAUUUGUUUGGAUGAACUAGGUUAUGACGCGGCUAAUACAGAACUAGGUUUCACCGAGUGUAAGUGGCAUGAUAAUAAAGCAGUAAAUAAUUGUGCUGAUGAUAACGUUGGAUUUAUGACUGAUUGGUUAUUUCGCAAGAAAUUACUUAAGCUCAAGAUAAGUGAUAACUCGAAACUUAAUGAAUUAGAGAAAAAUGUUAAAAUUCCUUCUAUUGUCGGAAAUAAAGGAGCUGUGUAUCAGGAUAUGAAAGAUAUAAAAAGCAGGUAUGACCAAGCUCAUGGGUCACGCGAAUUUUCUUCGGUUGGUAAUGCAGCAGCUGCCUCUACGUCAACUGUUGAUAAACGUAAGUUUGAUACUUUGAAGGCGACGCCCACUGUUGUUCAGUAUUACGAUGCGUCUGCUUCAGAAUUAUCAUCAGCUAAUCAGGCUCAAAAACGCCAAAAAAUUGAUGAUAACGAUGAGGAUGAUGAUGUGUUUAAGAUGGCAUCAGAAUUGGGAAUUGAAAUCGAAGAUAAUGAUGAUGAUGUAUUUAAUUUGGCAUCAGAAUUGGGAAUUAAGGUCGAAGAUGAUGAUGCGCGAAUGAUAAACGAGACAGUGGCGCCCAAUAUGUCUCAAAAUUACCAAGCUAAUGACUCGAAUGACUUUCCGAUUAAUCAGACGAAAGAACAAACAAUUUAUGAUGAUGAAAGUGCAAUUGACAUCGCGUUAGAAUUAGAAUCUCAAACGGGAAAACACACGCCGAAGAAUAUCGCUGAUUUAAAUCCAGAGUCAUUGUUCAAAUAUCCAAUUGAUGAUUUGCAUAAUUAUUCAUUCAGUUCAAACGAAUUUGAUGAUUUGCUAGAUGAUGAAAAUGAUAAUCACCGCAGUAAAAUUGAUGUUAACCAACGAUAUGAUCUAAUUGAUGAAAAAUUGUUGAGUAGUUCGGUUUUCAAUAAUCCAACUAAUUUAUUUGAUGAUGAUGAUGAUAAAUUCAAUAAUUUCAUGGAUAUCGAUGCAUCAUUGCAUUCCGAAGCAAUGUCUGAUAAUAGACGGGAAGAUAAUGACGACCAAGAAAAUGAAAUUUUCGAUAAAAAAUUGUUAGAUACUUAUAUUGUUAAUAAUCCAAAUAAUAUAUCAUUUGAUGAAGAUGAGUUCAAAGAUAUUUUAGCUGAGGACAGAUUAUUAACUGUCAAACAUUACAAUAAAUAUGUCGAUACUUAUAGAAUACAACAAAUUAUACAUAAUAAUGUCUUCAAAUACAACAAAAGCCUAAAAAUGAAUGUAGUUAUCGAUUUCAACGGUUUCUUAAACUCGAAAAAUUAUUUCAUCAUGAAAGAAUAUUCGAUGUAUGCAAUAGAUCGUUAUGGCAACAUAACAAACAAUAAGUCGGAAAUAAUGUUGCCAGAAAUUAAAAAUCUAAAUGAUUCGGACAGUGCGAGUAAAAGAAAUUAUGAAAUUUAUUACAAAAAAUACGGAAUAGAAUGGACGACCGGUACAAUAAAAAAAAAUGCAGGAAGCUCUGGCAUAAUUGGAUAUCUCAGGAAAUGUCAGAAUGUUUUUGUAGCCGACAAGGACAAAAAACAAAAAUUGAUAAAUUAUAUUAAUUUAAAAAUUGUCACAGAAAAAAACUAUAUACCUUUACGAGACUUGGGAUAUAAAAUAAAUUUUCGAAACUCAACAAAUUGUCAUUAUCAUAAAUCACCAUCGAGCAAUAAUUGCGCCAAUGACAAUGUUUUGGACAUGAUUAGAUUGGUAAGAAAUAAAAAAUUGUACGAUAAGAAUAGACGUGCGAAUAUACAUUCUGUCAUCGAUUUCAAUUAUUACGAAAAUGUGAAUGAUUUAGUAAUUAAAGAAUUAUCAAUUACUUGUAUCGGGAUUGAUGGAAACGUAACAUCACGUGAUUUGCUAGUACAAAAGCCAGACCAGUUAGGGACAAAACCUGACUGUUACAAUAAAUAUUAUCAAAGAUAUGGCAUAAAAUGGAAAGUUGGUAAUAUUGUAUCAUACAAAGUGAUGAAAAAGCUAAAAUAUACUCUGAAGGAAUCAUUGCAUUUGUAUGUUAAGGAUAAUGCUCAAAAAAAUGUGUUAUUGAAUUUGAGUAAUGAAGAUGUUGGAAAUAAAAUAAUUUGUUUGGAUGGGCUAGGUUAUGACGUUGGUAAUAUAGAACUAAACUUUACACUGUGCAAGUGGCAUGAUAAUAAAGUGGUGAAUAAUUGUGCUGAUGAUAAUGUUAGACUGAUGAUCGAUUGGUUGUCUGUUAAGAAAUUAAUCAAGCUUAAGAUAAGCGAUAACUCCAAACUUAUGAAAUUAAAAGAAAACGUUAAAACUCCUUCUAUUGUCGUAAAUAAGGGAGCUGUUUAUCAGGAUAUGAAAGAUAUAAAAGGCAGAUAUGACCAAGCUCAUGGGUCGCGCGAAUUUUCUUCGGUUGGUAAUGCAGCAGCUGCCUCUACGUCAACUGUUGAUAAACGUAAGUUUGAUACUUUGAAGGCGACGCCCACUGUUGUUCAGUAUUACGAUGCGUCUGCUUCAGAAUUAUCAUCAGCUAAUCAGGCUCAAAAACGCCAAAAAAUUGAUGAUAACGAUGAGGAUGAUGAUGUGUUUAAGAUGGCAUCAGAAUUGGGAAUUGAAAUCGAAGAUAAUGAUGAUGAUGUAUUUAAUUUGGCAUCAGAAUUGGGAAUUAAGGUCGAAGAUGAUGAUGCGCGAAUGAUAAACGAGACAGUGGCGCCCAAUAUGUCUCAAAAUUACCAAGCUAAUGACUCGAAUGACUUUCCGAUUAAUCAGACGAAAGAACAAACAAUUUAUGAUGAUGAAAGUGCAAUUGACAUCGCGUUAGAAUUAGAAUCUCAAACGGGAAAACACACGCCGAAGAAUAUCGCUGAUUUAAAUCCAGAGUCAUUGUUCAAAUAUCCAAUUGAUGAUUUGCAUAAUUAUUCAUUCAGUUCAAACGAAUUUGAUGAUUUGCUAGAUGAUGAAAAUGAUAAUCACCGCAGUAAAAUUGAUGUUAACCAACGAUAUGAUCUAAUUGAUGAAAAAUUGUUGAGUAGUUCGGUUUUCAAUAAUCCAACUAAUUUAUUUGAUGAUGAUGAUGAUAAAUUCAAUAAUUUCAUGGAUAUCGAUGCAUCAUUGCAUUCCGAAGCAAUGUCUGAUAAUAGACGGGAAGAUAAUGACGACCAAGAAAAUGAAAUUUUCGAUAAAAAAUUGUUAGAUACUUAUAUUGUUAAUAAUCCAAAUAAUAUAUCAUUUGAUGAAGAUGAGUUCAAAGAUAUUUUAGCUGAGGACAGAUUAUAAUUUAUGAUUUUAUUUUGAAUACUAUUGGAAAUAUUUAUUAAUUU